UGUUCUGAAGGUAACGGAAGAAAAAAAAACAUAAUUGAUUCGCAUCCAUUCGCUUUACUAAGCUUCGUUUCUACGUGUUACCCAUGUUGACUCUCUGCGUUGGCAUUGCUGAAGGAAAACAAAUCGUGUCAGUGAAAAUUGCUAGAGAUUAUGCACUGGAUAACAGUGUGAUGAAAAGGCUUAAUCGUGUUGAUAACAACUAGACGCGUUAGGAGACGAAUGAUUUCAAGAAAUCUGUUUUAAUUGAGGUUCUGAAGAGAAAACGGAAACCGGCUAAAAGGCAAAGAGAUCGACUGCUACAAUAUUUCACUGACUGUAAGCAUUUGUGAAAAGUCCCCCUCGACCGAGGCAUAAGUGACUGGGAAGAUUAGUUUCUUUGAAGAAUCUUAGUGUGAUAUCAAACAUGGCUGUUUUAAAAUCAAGCUGGAAGAGGUUCAUUUCAUGCUUGGUCGCGGGAUUGUGUUUAAGUGUCGCCCACUCGAAUGCAAGACGCACGGCAGAUGAUAUGACAGCCCUUCUAAACAAACUCAUAAAAGGCUAUGACAAAAGACUUCGGCCAAACUUUGGAGGUGAACCAGUUGUAAUCACCGUUGGAUUGUGGGUAUUAUCCAUCGACUCCAUCAACGUUGUUGACAUGGAUUAUAAACUGGACUUCUUCUUAAGACAGCUAUGGACAGAUCCACGAUUACGCCACGACUGGAAUGAAACACUGGCACUUGGUAAUACUAUGAUGGAUAAACUCUGGGUUCCAGAUACUUACUUUGAAAAUUCCAAAAGUUCAAAAUUCCACAAAGUUACCAUGGUAAAUAAGUUGUUAUCCAUAUCGCCAGAUGGGGGAGUCCAUUACAAUGCAAGAGUCACUGUGCGAGCAAGCUGUCCAAUGGACCUGCGGCUAUUUCCAUUUGAUCAACAACAUUGUAAUUUAAACAUCGAGAGCUAUGGCUAUAAUGCUAAUAACAUGCAAUACCGGUGGGAGAAUCGAACGGACAAAGGAGUAGCAGUCAAUAAAAAGCUUGAUGAUAUGCCCCAGUAUAACUUAACCGGCGCCUCGACCAAAAGUUAUUUCACAGUUUAUUACUCAGGAAAUUGGUCCCGACUGGGCGCUUCAUUUGGUUUUGUCAGAAGAUCAGGAUAUUUUCUUAUUCAUAUCUAUGCUCCUUGUGCACUCAUUGUUAUUUUAUCUUGGAUAUCAUUUUGUAUCCCUCCUGAUGCAACUGCUGCUCGCAUUGCCCUCGGAAUAACUUCCGUGUUAACUAUCACAACGAUAUUAAAUAUGCUGAAUACAGCUAUGCCAAAGGUUUCGUAUGUCAAAGCAAUAGAUUGGUAUCUCAUUGGCAGCUUUCUGUUUGUGUUUGGUGUGUUAGUUGAGUACACAUUCGUUCUUUGGAUCGUGAACGUUCACAAUAAGAGACUAAGAAGGCUGAUGAUUGAGCAGGAGAUCCAGGAAGCGGAGGAAGAGAAGCAACAUAGCUCGCGGAAGCAUGGGAUGAAUGGUAGCGUCACAAGCAAAAAUACUCGUGAGAGCCAUGGUUAUGAUUACGAACUUUUUGAGAGUUAUAGUGCAUUCAGCGACAAAGCUAAGAAACCCAGCUCACAUCUGUGUGACAGAUCAAAGGCAAAGCGACAUGCUUCCUCCAAAAUGGAGCAGAGACCGCUGACCUAUCCCAGAACUCCACAUUGCAGGGCAAGAACAGUUUGUCUCGACCUCAUUGAUCCGGAUUGCAUUGAUGACUAUGCCAGGCUGUUCUUUCCCAUCAUGUUCAUCCUUUUUAAUGUGACAUAUUGGCUUAAGUUUGUUGUGCUGUAAGAUAAGACCUAGGAGAAACAUCAAAGGAAAUUCUUUUUAUUUUUCUAUCGAAAAAUCUAGCAGAAAGCCAAGGACGUCUCCUAAGAGAUGGAAGAACAUCUAACACUAUUAGACUCCCGGGUUGGACAUAAUUCAUAUGUCAAGGGAUUUUUUAUGGCUGUUUCUUUUGGGGCAAUGCAGCAAACAUGUAUCAACAUGAUCGGAAAAUAUAAGAUUGGUGCGAGUUCGGAAAAUGUUUGAAAAUAAUCAGUGAUCACAUACAUAAAUUUUAAAGGAGAUAUUAAUUUUGUGCAAGAAAUUCUUGCUCAGAUCAUGUCUUUGCUGACCUUUGGUAAGGACUACGUAAUAAGGACCUUUGAAAUACAGUUACCUUAUUGAGAGUCCCCAUCUAAUCUUUCAAACGACAGAGCACAUGUAAUCUCUUUUACCGUUGUCAUUAUCCUCCCAAAUUGGUAAAAAUCUCUCUUAAUUUAUUCAGUUGCUAUAACGUACACUAUGUUUUAUAUUUCCAGUACUGUUCAUUUGCAUGACUGAAGUAAGAGUGUAGGGAAGCGAGGUGCAUGACGCAUGAUACAAUCUAUAGGCGAUGAUGAUAAUGAUGAACUUUGAAUAACUUUGGUAUAGAUAUAAUGAGGAACCUUUCUAUAUCUCAGUCUGACACUUCUUUUUUUAAAAAGUUUUUCUUACUGCCACGGUUUUUUGCCUAAAAAUCACUAAAUAGGCAAGCAACUAUUACCGAUAUGAAAUAACACUGAUAAAGCAAGCAUGAAAUGUAAGUAACUUAGAACAAGCAGCCUCUGGUAUUAGAUUAGCAUUUAAGUGAGAGCGACGUUUGUUGAAGACUUGCGAAAAAAAUUACAAAGAUAGCAACUAUGGCGUGCUCGUUAUGGUAAUAUUACAUCUUUCAUCUCGUAGGUUAUGUUAUUUUCUUGAUCUCAGCGGCGAAAUGUUCUUCCUCGGGAUAAGGUGGUGCUAGCGAUUGCGUAUCGUAACGCCAGAAUUAAAGAAAUCAGCCAAUAAAAUAAAUAGGAGAAAAUCGCGAGGAACCAAAAUAAUGGACAAGCAAGCUGCAUAAAGCGCGGGAAAAUUACCUGAACGAGUACUUCACAAGUGUUUCCAGUUUUGCCUCUGUUCUGGUCACUCAACUGCUCAGUAAUGCAAUGUAACUUAGUAUACGAUGAAACAUUGAACUGAUCGUGGCUGAGGGUCAAUAGGUUAAGCUGUUCCAUGUUUUCCAUCCACGUAUAAAGCAUGAAUUUAAAACAUAUUUUGAACUCAAUAAAAUUUAUGUCAAUUUCGCAACGCCAAUUAGGCCACAACUUGCAUAAGCACUGAGCGAGACUUUUAUAAGGUAAAAAUUAUCAGUAGUGUAGAUGUAUGCUAUUUUAGUGAGGACCAAAUAGUUUACUUAUACUUAACUUAGAAAGAAGUCGGUAACAUAUAAAUAAAGUAAAUAACAAAAACAAAAGCAGCUCGCUGCCUGUUUGGUAUGGAUAUGGCGAAAUCCAGCUGUAGUGCAGUGUGUAGAACCUUCUAUAUGUUACAAUAUUUUUAUCCCGAAAAAUUACAAUCAAGGAGACAAUAUUUUUCAGUUAAAGGAAGUUCAGAUCGUUAUUAGCGUUUUUCUUUUGUCAUAGAUGGAACGGGUAAAGGAAGUCUGUUAUUUUACAAAAUUUAGAUGCAGCCUCAGUCCGAGCUACUGGAAAAUUAACCACAAUUUUCUCAGCCUCCGCACCCAUUUAGUGUUCCCUUACCCUCGAAACUUUUUAUCAUAUGGUUUUUUUGUACCAAAAUUAAUUUCAUACAACCGACAUAUAAUGUAAUCAUAUUCCGUGCCAUUUUCUUGCGUUCUCAGUGAACAAUGUCAUCAGUAUGG